UUAAGGAGAGCGUAAUUGCUGGGUCUCUCUCUUUUUUAUCUAAUUUUAUAUAGUGGAUCCAAGGAUCUGGGGUUGGGUUACUUGAUUUAUCGGAUCUUGAGAUCUGAUCUGUAAUUUGGGCAUGUUGGUUGGCGACCAAUCGGGCUGAGGCUGCUAUAAAUCCAUUGUUUACAUCCAAGUAGACUGACAAUGGAUCCAGAAGGUGAUGUUAAGGUAAUAUAGGCAUGGUAGAAUAACUGUAAUUGGAGUAUUGACCCAAACAAAGCCGCUCUCCUUCUCAAACCCUAACCCAGAGCUAAGUCGAUUUCAUCGCCUUCAUCCUCCAGAUCCAGACCCAGAUGAAGCUAGAAAACAGUUAAACUCUCUUCCUUAUCUACAUGUACAAGCACAAGUUUUCCAACUUUUGAAGAUAAUCUUCCACAAAGAGCAAUAGGAUGGGGUGAAAAGGCUUGAUAAAAAAAACGGAUGGGGUGAAAAGGAUAAUUGUAUAUGGCACGUUAUCUGCCCUUCAUGGAAGAAGUUGGCUGUAUAGGUUUUAUAGAACGGCAAUGUGAUGGAGUAUAUCUAUCAAUCUUCAGAAGUAGAAGCUAUAUAUUUUCUGUCAACAUUAAAGACUUUCCUGAAUCUGAAAGCAUUGAAACUUCAAAUUCAUUAUUGCCAUUCCCCAUCCCCCAUCCCUGCCUUUUUUGUUAGACGAGGGAAAUCCAUUCCCUGUCUAACGUAAACAAUAGAUGCACUUCACAAACUUUGCUGUGAUUGGUUAUCAAGAUGGAUAGAUCACGUCAAAACCUCUAUAGUCUGGACAAAAAUGAUUACAGAAAAUAUUGAGUGAUUGUUUGUUAUAUCCCAUUGUCCUACAACAUUUGAGUGAUGAAUGUUUUCCUUCUUCAAAGUGGAAAAGGAGGCUACAAUCACUCGUACAUCCUUUUAGCUUGCUGCUGUAUAAUUUUGUGGAAUAUGGAAUAGCUGUAGAAAUUCAUCUCUUUUCCAAUUUGUGGGUCUUUUAUUCAUCCAAUGCAAUUGGACAAAAAGGAAUGCAAAAAUACCAAGUGACUGUUGUAUCCUGUUGUCCUACAGCAUAUGAGUGAUGAACAGUCUCCUUCUUUAGGUGGGAAAGGAGGCUACAAUUACUCGGACAUCCUCUUGACAUGCUGCCACAGUUAUCUUUUGGAAUAUGCAAUAGCUGUAAAAAUUGGUUGACAACCCAUUCCAGGGUAUAUUGUUCGUACCGUACAAUUGGACAAAAAAGAUUACAGAAAAUAUGUAGUGAUUGUUUGCUGUAUCAAGUUGUCCUAUAAAGUUGAGUGAUGAACAGUCUCCUCCUUCAAAGUGGAAAAGGAGGCUACAAUCACUCGCACAUCCUCUUAGCUUGAGGCUGUGGUUCAUUUUUGUUUUCCUUCGCUACUUUAUGUUCUUGUUCCUAGUUUUAUGGGGUUCUUAAUUAGAAUUUUAGCUCUGAAGCACGAUAUCAGACAUGAAUUGCAUGUUUGAAGCUUGUUGAUGACAAAAUGAGAUUGUUGAGAACACCUCAUCCACGGAGCAUAAUUGCCAACAGUAAAACCUCCCAAGGUUCAGACCUGCCUAAAUGCAGCAACCAACACUACCAACUCACACGGCGGCGGUACCAGGAGCUUCAGCCGCAGAGUCCAACGAGGCGAGUGGAGAUGCGCCGCCGAAGCAGGUGGCAAUGGCACUGGAGCGGCUGGGGCAGGCGAGUCGACUCAUAGCUGAUAUUAGAAUCGGCGGAGAUCGGCUCCUGGAAGCCCUAUUUGUGGCGGCUCAGCGACCACACUCUUCUGAACCUUUGCAUCUUAUCCUCAAAGAAGAAGCUUCCAUGAGACAACACCUUCGAGACCUUCGUUCUGUUGGAAGGCAGUUAGAAGAUUCUGGUGUUCUCAAUGAUUCCCUUCGAUUACGAAGUAAUUCAUGGGGCCUCCACAUGCCCUUGAUUUGUCCUGACGGUGCUGUUGUUGCAUAUGCAUGGAAGAGACAACUUGCUGGUCAGGCUGGUGCAUCUGCAGUUGAUAGGACCAGGUUAGCUCUCAAGGCCUUUAAUGAUCAGAAAAGACGAUUUUUCCCCCACCUUGAUACCAAUUGUGGUAAGGAGGGUGUGACAAAGAAACUUUGUGGUCCUCCAUCAAGUGAUCAAGAAGAAACUUGUGAACUGAAAACAGUGUCUGAAGUUUUGACUCAUCUGAAAAAGGAGGUUCCAAAUGUAAUAACUUUCUCUUACCAGCGUUUGGAUUGGUUGAUGCGAGCUACCUCAUUGCCCUCUUCGACCAGUGAAAAUUCUAUUGAAAUAUCGAAAGAGAAUACUUUCCAAAGCACGAGAACAUUAAGACAAGGAUCAUCUGAUGAUGUUGUUCCAGACAAGGUUGCCAUAAUCGAAUUGUUGAUUCCUUCUGUUUUUAGAGCCAUAGUAUCAGUUUCCCCUGCUGGUUCCUUGGAUCCUGAUGCUGUAGCAUUCUUCUCACCAGAUGAGGGUGGUAGCUAUGUACAUGCGAGGGGAUUUUCAGUUCAUCAUGCAUUUAGGCACAUCACAGAGCAUGCUGCUAUGGCUUUACAGCAUUUUACAGGUGUCGGUCCCAAGACAGCCUUGCUUUCUUUGCUGUUCUGGGUUUGCAGCUACCAGACUUUGUUCUCGAAAGUUUGCAGCAAGUGCAGCCGUCUACUAUCAAUGGACAAAGAAUCUGCUGUGCUAUUGCCUCCGGUUAAUCACCCUUACCGAAAAUUUUGUGCUGGAAACUUCUUGUCAAAGUCUGCCUCAAAAGAGGACCAAAGUGUGGAUUCUACACAGGGCUUUCAUAUCGAUUGCUUUUCUGAGGAAGCAUAGAAAAUCAACUUUCUGACACCUGAACAAAAACAUUGUAUUGUACAAAGAAAUUCCAAAUCUAUAGAUAGGCUUUCAACAUUUUGGACCUCUUUCCCAACCAGAUAGGUAGCAACCAGCUUUUGUACUUUCGGUUUCUUGCAUUUAAAUUCGUAAUCGUUUCCUCCUUAUCAUGCUUGAUCUUGAAGAUUGUACUAAGAAACCUCAUAUUUAGAGGCUCUGUUCAACAAAAAUAGAAAUAGGCCCCUGCUUUGAUUCAUGAAAUGAAAA